AUGACAGUGCUCGCUCGAGAAAAGAGACGGCAUGGAGAUGAAUUAGAGCGGACGUAUCGACCGGGAUUGGAAUGUGACAGUUCGACCGUCGCUGAUGACGGUGCGUCUCCUGUGUGCCCCACGACAUGGUGGGUGCAGGAACAGCGAUCCGCGCGCGAAUUAGUGGCGACAACACCUACUAGACUCUCUCAGUCACCUGAGCCCGGUGUCAAAACAGAGUCAAAGAAACUGGAGGCGGGAUCAGGUUUGGUGGCUGACAGAGCUAAACAGUUCACCUGCGCGUGUCUCACACGCCACGGAACACGGUGGGGCUUGGAUCCAAACUGAGUGCGAGUGCCACAGAGGCCAAUCUAGGAAGGAGCGGUUACAGGAGCCAUUGCGCGACACGAAAGUUCGCAAGUCCCUAACACCAUAGGGGCAAACUACCGCUGCCUUCCCGAGGCGGUCGCGAUCCUAGACGAUGUCGGUAAGCAAACUACCAACUAUGGUCUACGGUAUUCAUUCCCACGAGUCGUGAUCCCACUCGGGGACAUGAGAAAACCGGAGGGGGAGGGGGGGGGAGAGGAGAGGAGGACGACGAUGAACGCGGUAUUAGGUCGACUUCUUCGAGGCAUCUGGGAUAAGCGUGAGACUACACAAAUGAUGAAAACAAAGGUAUGCGAAACCUCCGUUACGAGGUGCGGAGAAAUCUGGAAGACCUACUGACGAGCCGGAUCUCUCGCAGUUGCGUCAUGCAACGGCGCAAAAUCGGCGAAACGCGUGCCCUGGGCUUUUAGCUACAGUCCUUGUGAUGGCAGUAUGGUAAAGUAAUCUCAACGCGUAACAAGUCCCCGUCCAGAUGGCUUGGUCGCGCACGAUGUGGCCAACCCGGAGAGGCAAUUAUAGCGCCAGAACCAUCUAUCGGUAAGUGAUUCCGUCAAGACUGCGACUUAGGGACAUGAGUGAAUGUGGCAAACGUUGACCUCGAACAUGCUAAAGGCGCGUUCGAGGUCGACGGCGCACCCUGGCUGUUGUGCCACAUCCUGCAACCGUGCCCGGACAUCUGACACCGACUGCGCCGGGCCGUUACGGUGCGCGCGCGGCCGAAUGCCGCCAAUAACGAGGAAGCUGGAACUUCCGCUUUCCACGGAGCCUGGGUAGAGAAGUUUCCCGACAGCUGCCAGUGAUUUGCUGGCUGCUGUAGGACAAAAUUCGGUCCGUCGGGUACCGCAGAGUCCCCCCACCAUCUCGCUCCAGAUAGGAAACGAGAUUAAUUUUUAAGAAAACUUAAACAAAAAAACUAAGUUUUAUUUAGAAGAGCAAUAUCGGUAGCGGGUGCAAUUGACAGGCUGUCACCGAUGCACAGGAGUAAGUACCCAGUAGGCCGACAAAAAGCUAAACGUAGGCAUGGAAGAAGUUGGCUUUGCCAAUUCCACAGCUCGCACCGUUUAGUUUUAGCUUUCUUGUGCGGGAUGGUUUCACGCAGUAACUGCAAAUCACCGAAGACUUUCGGGUGGGAAAUAUGAUACGACAAGUAGUUGUCUUUCAUCAUCGAAAGUCUUUCGGUUGAUCAAACCGUCUUCUCCUGAGAAAAGCAACAGGAUGUUGAGGAAAGUAGUGUUGCACGUGAAAUCCAGCGCUUCAAGAUUAUAAUGGUGCGCUGUGUUGAGCACACGCCGAUAAAACACGUUAAGCAGAAGCUGCCGUCAAAAUCCUUAAUUGAUUCCCUCGAUCGACGGAUAUCAGUCAGAAAGAACAAGGUCCAACAUUUCAAAAUAUUACCUACUUCUUCGAGUCACGAUAAAUGUCCUCUCAGUAGCUAAUAAGCGGGUUUAAGAGACGAUAAUUGAGACUGGCUGGUUGAGGAAGUGGUGAUUUUUGGGAAUAUCGACCUCUCUCCUUUACUACACAGACACAAUUCCAGGAGGCCACCGAUUCCCAUAGCCUAUGGCUCACGUAAUUAAUAGGUCAACAGUUAUCAUCAUCAGUUAGAAGAGAAUUAAUAGAUUUCCGCAACACCGGGACUUGGACCCCCAAGGCAUCAAAUUAAUGACGUAAGAAGAAGAAGAAGAAAAUGAUGAUGAUGAUGAUGAUGAUGAUGGUGGUGGUGAUGAUGAUGAUGAUGAUGAUGAUGAUGAUGAUGAUGAUGAUGAUGAUGAUGAUGAUGAUGAUGAUGAUGAUGAUGAUGAUGAUGAUGAUGAUGAUGAUGAUGAUGAUGAUGAUGAUGUCUUCGAGAGGGAGUCCGCUUGA